UAUAAGAAGCUGAUGCAGCUAUGGUAGCUUGGGUACCUGAAGCAUGACUGAUUUGAUAAGUAGUCUUCUUGACGAAAUUAUUUGUUAUAUUCUUUCUUUUGUUCCAUCGCAACAAGUUGUUGCAACCAGUGUUCUCUCCAAGCGAUGGAAUAUUCUGUGGCCUUCAGUCCCCUCCUUUGAUUUCGACAUCUUCACCGAGGAUUUUUGGUCUCUCAAUGACGAAAAGACUUAUAAUACGUUUUAUAGUUCGGUGGCCUCUUUCUUGGUUCGUCGUGGAGACCAGCCCCUACAUAGAUUUCGCCUUAGAUCUGACAUUUUCUUUGAUGAUUCUAAACUAUUUAACAAAUGGAUUAUGGAUGCAGUGAGUGGAAGUGGUAGACUUCAGCACCUCGACCUCUUUUUGAGUCCCAGGAUUGUCGUGCCUUCUGUGCUGUUUAGCUGCAAAACUCUUGUGGUUCUCAAGCUGGAGUACAUUAGAGUGGAAAGUAUUUCCUUAGUUGAUUUGCCCUUGAUUAAGGUCUUGCAUUUGAAUUAUAUUUUUUUCUUAGUAGGUGUUGAUCUUUCACAGCUUCUUACUGGGAGUCCUUAUCUUGAAGUAUUGAAAGUCAUGAGUACAAAGUUCCUUCCCAAAGAGCCAACAUCGCCAAGAGUAUAAAGCUUCUUCCCAUAGGAAAGUUACUUGAAAUUGUUAAAAAUGUUGAAGUUUUGUUCGUAAGUGAGUGUAGGUUUGAUUGUUAUCUUGGAGAGCCAAAAGCAGAUUGACCAUAUCCAGAAUUUGUUUCAUCAUACCUUAAAACCUGUUUUCUUGAAAAUUUUGAUUUGCAAGAUAUAUUAUGCAUAAUGCAAGAUAUUUGCGGGCAGUGAAAAUCAAAUUCUACCCUUUCAAUAAGGUUGGGGAGAAACUAAAUAUGAAAAGAGAUUUAUCAUCAUGCCUGAAGAUUUCAGAUACUUGUACACUUUCAUUUAAAUAGUUAAGGUGUAUUUGGAUUCCUUUUUGUU